CCCUGUCAAAGCUUGUUUUAGAGAGAGAAUCGCUUGUUUUAGAGAGAAUAGCUUUAGCUUGUCUUAGAGAGAGCAAAGACGCGAUAAAUUAGAGAGAGUUAUUGCUUCAUACAUUGUUUUUGACAGAGACGCGCCAUAAAAUCUGCGUUCACUGGUUUUUAUUCAUUUUCCCUCUCUAUAAUAAGGAAGAAAUUCGCACUAAUCUCACUGCUGAAGAGCCUUUCUCUGUCUCUCUCUGCUUGGAAACCCUAAGAAGAAUCCGUGGUGCUGAAUUUAGUUUGCUCAUAACUUGUGUGGAUACUCGAUAGGGUUAUGAAAAGUGUCAUCAAUAAAAUUUUGUGGACUCUUUAAACAUCGUUGUUUGACUUUGAAGUAAUGCAACUUCAAAGAUGAAUGAAAAGGAGGGAGAAUACAAGGAAUUAGAAGAUUCUGUAACUCGCGAAGAACAAAAGGAAUUAGGGAACUCUAAAAUUGAUGAAGGACAGAAGGAAAUAGAAGAGUAUGAAAACGGCAAUGAGCGAAAGGAACUAGAAGACCAUGAAGAUGGCAAAGAAGAAAAUGAAUUUGAUGAUGGUGAAGGAGCUAACGAUUUAGAAGGCUAUGAUAUUGGCAGAAAACAGCAAGAACUAAGGGACUAUAAAAUUAUCGAUGGACACAAGCAAUUGGAAGGCAAUGAAAACGGCAACGGAUGGAAGCAGUCAGAUGACUCUACAAUUGACAAAGAACAAAAGGAUGUAGAAGACUCUGAAAUCGUCAACGAAGAAGAGGAAUUAGAAGACUUAGAAAAUGGCAAAGAACAUGAGGAACUGGAGGACUCUGAAAUUGGGACUGACUCAUUUGUUGAAGAUUCUGAUGACGAUGAACCAUUUAUCUCUGAAAAUGAAAGUGAUUUGGAUGUUGAGGCACCUUUGACCGAUGCAGAAAUUGAGGAGCUGAUUAAUGAAUUUCUGGAAGUUGAGAGUAAGGCAGCAGAGGCUCAGGAAUCACUUGAAAAGGAGUCACUCGCUCAAGUAGAAAAUGAAGUCAGGUUUGAGUUGUCCGAAAAGUUUCGUGGAGAUGAUUUGGAAAAGGCUGUCUCAGAUGAAAUGGAGACAUACAAGGGAGAGUGGGAGAGACUGCUUGAUGACUUGGAGACACAGAGUGCCCUUUUAUUGGAACAACUUGAUGGCGCGGGUGUUGAGUUACCUAGUCUUUAUAAAUGGGUUGAAAGUCAGGCCCCUGAAGGUUGCAGCACAGAAGCUUGGAGAAAAAGAAUUCAGUGGGCAGGUUCUCAACUAACUAAUGAGAUUGCUGAGUCAAUUUCAGGUGCUGAAAAUUAUCUGCAGGCUUGUCGACCUGUAAGAAGGCAUCAUGGCAAAUUAUUGGAGGAAGGUGCAAGUGGGUUUCUCUCAAGAAAACUGGCAACCAAUGACAAUAAAGAUUCCCUGAACGAAAAUGCCGAGAAGGAUUGGAACUCAGUUAACGAGAUUCUCCAUUCUCAUAAUCUUCCAGGGGAAAGUAAUUCCUUUGGUAGCAAGAGUUAUGCUUCUGUAUAUUUGGCCAGUACUCCUUUGCAGGCAGCAAAUAUGGGGCUCAAUUUUCCUGGAGUUGAUGAGGUGGAGGAAAUAGAUGACAUUGAGAACUGCUCCAGAGAUCCUUUUUAUGCAGAUGCAGUGGCCAAUGAAGAUGAAACAGGUCUUACUGAUGAGCAAAAGAAGAAGAUUAGGAAGGUUAAAGAAGAGGAAGAUGCAAUCUUCACCUUAAGGCUGCAAAAUCGUCUGAAACAGAGACGGCAUAGAACUCAUAAAACAAAUCAGGACACUCUGCUUAAAGAGACUGGGUCAGGUGUUCACAAUGAUUUCAGGGUGUGUGUCCCCUCUGGGGAAUGUUCCGCGAAGGAUACUGAUUCUGCUGAGCUCCAUGGGGAAAAGAUGGCGGUUGAAGGUGUUCCUUCAGUGUCUGCAAUUCCUGCCUCUAUUUUGUCCAAACGUUCCCAUGAUAGUGGAAACCAUGAAAUUGACACUAAAAGAAGUCGAACUGUAAUAAUAGAUAGUGAUGAUGAAAUGGAUGUCGUGGAGCAAACAACAUCCACUAAUGUGUUGAAUCCUAGCAUCAAUCCAUCAAAGGUUUCUGAACAUUAUCGCUGCAGUGCCUGUUCUGACAUCCUAAAUGCUUCUAAAGUAUGCAGACAUCCCCUCUUGGGAGUCAUUAUUUGUGAAAAUUGCAAACUUGUUAUAAAUAGGAGAUCACCUCGAAAGGACCCAGAUUGCUCUGAAUGUUACUGCGGAUGGUGUGGAAAGGUAGAUGACUUAAUUGGCUGUAGAUUAUGUGCAAUGCUGUUCUGUGCAAGAUGUAUAGGUCGGAAUUUCAGCAAAGAAAAACUGGAGAGAGUGCGGUCUUGUGGUUGGGAGUGUUGUUGCUGUGCCCCCGACCAGUUAGAACAGCUCGUCUUGGAAUGUGACAAUGCAUUGAGGGUAAGCGACAAUGUCGCUUCCUCCUCUGGUAGCGACUCAGACUUACCUCAAAGUGUUGUCGAUAUUCAACUCAGCUAUAAGAAAAAACUGAAAAAAUGGACAAGAAGGAUACUUGAUGAUACUGAACUUGGAGAAGAAACAAAACAAAAAAUUGCAAUCGAAAAGGAACGCCAAGAACAUCUUAAGUCAUUGCAAGAACAGUUUGCUUUUAAAACAUUGGGUAAGAGUGCUGCAACUUGCAAUGGUAAUGCGGCAGACUUUGCUGGUGAAAAAGUCCUGGGUGAUGCAGUAAAGGGUUUUAUAAUGAAUGUGGUCAGAGAGGAAAAUGAGGAACCUGUGAGGGUACCCCCGAGUAUAUCUGCACACUUGAAGCCUCAUCAGAUUGGAGGGUUACGAUUUAUGUGGGAAAACUGCAUACAAUCUGUCAAAAAGAUAAAGUCUGGAGAUAAAGGCCUUGGUUGCAUUCUAGCUCACACUAUGGGUCUAGGGAAGACUUUCCAGGUCAUUGCCUUUCUUUAUACAACAAUGAGGAGCAUUGAUCUGGGAUUGAGAACGGCACUGAUAGUCACUCCAGUAAAUGUGUUACACAACUGGCGUCAAGAGUUCAUUAAGUGGAGGCCAACAGAACUAAAGCCUUUAAGUGUAUUUAUGCUGGAGGAUGUUUCUAGGGAUUACUCCCAAAGAGCUAGGCUCUUAGCGAAAUGGAGAAGGAAAGGUGGUGUAUUGUUGAUUGGUUAUGCUGCUUUUCGGAACUUAUCUUUUGGAAAGAAUGUCAGGGACCGGAAUGUCGCUUUUGAGAUAUCUCAUGCAUUGCAGGAUGGACCUGAUAUCUUAGUUUGUGAUGAGGCGCACAUGAUCAAGAACACAAAAGCUGAUAUCACCCAGGCCUUGAAGCAAGUAAAGUGCCAAAGGAGAAUAGCAUUAACUGGCUCACCUUUACAAAACAAUCUCAUGGAGUACUUUUGUAUGGUUGAUUUUGUCAGGGAGGGUUUCCUUGGCAGCAGCCACGAAUUUAGAAACCGAUUCCAAAAUCCUAUAGAGAAUGGGCAACAUACUAAUUCUACUUCUCACGAUGUCAAAAUCAUGAACCAAAGGUCACAUAUUCUUUAUGAACAAUUAAAAGGAUUUGUUCAGAGAAAGGAUAUGAACGUUGUCAAGAAUGAAUUGCCUCCGAAAACAGUCUAUGUGAUUUCUGUAAAGCUCUCACCAAUGCAGAGGAAGUUAUAUAAACGUUUUCUAGAUGUGAAUGGACUCACAAAUGACAAGGUUAACAGUGACAAAGGCAUAAAGACGCGUUGCUUCUUUACUGCAUACCAAUCAUUGGCUAAGAUAUGGAAUCACCCCGGACUUCUGCAAAUGGCGAAAGAGCAUAAAGACAGCCACAGACGUGAAUAUGCAGUUGAGAAUUUCCUUGUUGAUGACAGUUCUAGCGAUGAAAAUGUGGAUCGCGAAAUGAAUGGAGAUAAGCCAAGAAACAAGGCCGACUGCUCAAACAAGAAAGCUGAGAAUGGUUUGCUCAAUGAGGAUAUCGAUUGGUGGGUUGAUCUUAUUCAAGAUAAAAUCUAUAAGGAGAUUGAAUAUAGUGGCAAAAUGGUAUUACUGUUCGAUCUUCUGCAUAUGAGUUCUGAAGUGGGGGAUAAGGCACUCGUUUUCAGCCAAAGCUUGACUACUCUCGAUCUCAUUGAGUUGUUUCUUGCAAAGGUACCAAGGAAAGGGCAACAAGACAAAUAUUGGAAACAAGGGAAAGACUGGUACAGGCUAGACGGAAGUACAGAUGGAGCUGAGAGGGCCAGGCUUGUUGAGAAAUUUAAUAAUCCCCAUAAUAGUAGAGUGAAGUGUGCACUUAUAUCUACACGAGCAGGUUGCUUGGGGAUUAAUCUUCACGCAGCUAACCGCGUAAUUGUUGUUGAUGGCUCAUGGAAUCCUACCCAUGAUCUUCAAGCAAUUUAUCGUGUUUGGAGAUAUGGACAACAGAAACCUGUCUAUGCAUACCGCUUGAUGGCACAUGGAACCAUGGAAGAGAAGAUUUAUAAGCGACAGGUCACCAAGGAGGGCCUCGCAGCACGGGUGGUGGAUAAGCAGCAAGUGCAUAGAACAAUGUCUAAAGAAGAGAUACUGCAUUUGUUUGAUUUUGGGGAUGAAGAGAAUGGUGAUCCAGUGAUAGAGAGAAUGCAAGGAACAUCAAGUACAUCCAAUGAAGGAACUGUUGCAUGUAUGUCAAAGCUGACUUCUUUCCCAUCUUCUGAUGGGAGUAGCUCUCCCGAUGAAUUCAUGGAUAGGCUGCUUUCUAGACACCAUCCACGGUGGAUAGCAAACUACCAUGAGCACGAGACUCUCCUCCAAGAGAAUGAAGAGGAUAGGCUUUCAAAAGAAGAGCAAGACAUGGCAUUGGAGACGUUCUUGCGCACCUUCGAGUGGAAGGAGGUGCAGAGGGUCUCCUUAGACGAGGGCGGUGCCCCGCACCACUCCCACAACAACAGUAAGGCAAUACUUGUAGAUAGAGAAAGUGGUGGGCCUCAUCAACAGCAUCAGAAGCAGCAGGGGAGGGGCCGUGUUCGCAAAUGCGCUAACCUUUCUCACUUGCUUACCCUCAGGAGUAGGGACAUUCGGUCGGGAUCGACCACGGUGUGUGAUAAAUGUGCACAAGAAAUCAGUUGGGAGUCCCUCCACAGCAAGGAUGGAAAAGGAAAAUGAUCAAAUGUAUAGCUGGGAGUCCCUCAAUAGGGAUAAGGAUGAAGUUGAAAGUUAGCGAGGGAAUCUCCUAAUAACAGUAAUGGAAGAGGGAAGUGACCUCUAUGUUCCCCCCUCUCUCUCUCGUUUUGUAGUUGGUUUCUAAUCGAUUGGGAUGGUGACUAUCGCAUUUGGAUUAGUGAUUCAAUUUUUUUUGAUAUAAAAAUGAAUGAAAUUAAAAAAGUUUCCCUA